UAGUCAACUUGACAAGCUAUUUUACUCGUAUGAAAGGAUUUAUGAGAGGACUGCGAUGUGGCGUUGUCAUUUGAUUCUCUAUCUAACAUGUCUCGCGUUUACUCAGUCUAUGGAUCCGCUUUGUAGCAGCGCUCCAGAGUUCAAGCAUGAUCGAACUCAGUCGGUUUCAGUGAUGCUUGGCCACAGCGUGGUCCUCACCUGCAAAGCCUCCAUAAGUCUGAACAGCACCAAUUCAGACUGCAAAGACCACCUGGAGUGGAUGAAGGACGGCACACCACUUACCAACCUCACCAUCUACCCUCAAAAUAUAAAAGACUGGCACCCUGAUGAUGGUCACAUAAUUAGGAUCAGUGAAUUAACGCUGACCCUGAGAGAUCAGGCUGAUUUUGGUGUCUAUUUCUGCACGGUGAGGAACAGCACAGCGCAAUUCAAUGUAAAGGAAUACAAAUCCCCAAGUCACACCGGGGCAGUGGUGGCGUCAGUGGUCCUGUUGCUUGUCCUGGCUCUGGCAGCGGUGGUCUAUUCCAAGUGCCGACUCAACUUUAAACUGUGGUAUAGGAACAUUUACGGAGAGUAUGAGCUUAAUGAUGGCAAAAUGUAUGACGCCUACAUCUCAUAUGUCAACAAUGAGAAUGACAGGAAAUUUGUCAACUUCAUCCUGAAACCUCAUUUGGAGAACAAGUACAGUCAUAAACUGCUGCUCAACGACACAAACAUCCUUCCUGGAGCUGAGCCAUCUGCAGAGCUACUGAUGAACAUUAGUCGCUGUCGCCGGAUGAUUGUGGUUCUCUCUCAGUCGUACCUGGAGCAGGAGUGGUGCACAACCAACUUUAGACAGGGUCUGUGGCACUUGAUCGAGCUGUCGAGGAAGCCCAUCUUCAUCAUAUUUCAGUCACAGCAGAAGCAAAUGAGCCAGGACAUCAGUCACCAGCUGAAACAACACCAGCCCCGAAUCACAACCCUCACCUGGGGCGCACACUCCAUAACCCCUUCUUCAGGCUUCUGGAAGGAGCUCACGUUGGCGAUGCCGCUUAAGGUGACGUUUCACAGGGAAUCUGUCGGCGAUCCGCAGACUCUGCUGCAGGGCGAUAAAGAUCCCAUGCUCACGCAGCAGCCCGAUUACCUGGACUGCAGACCGGACCCCGAUCCCGCAGGAGACCUGGGUUUGCGUUUGCCCAUCUACAAGACCCUUCCCUCCAAAGCUCCGGUGCUUCCUGCAGGUCCCAGUGUGACGGCUGAACCCAAACCCCCAGAGAUAGACGUGUCUGACCUCGGCUCGAGGGACUAUGCCGCACGCACUGACUUUUACUGCCUGGUCACGGAAGACGAUAUCUGAGGCACACUGUCACUGUUUUCUUUGCUUUUGUUUAUUUAUGCAUGCACAAUUCUUUAUGCUUUUAUGCAAAAUGUUUUAGAACAUUUCAUGUAGUCAGGGAUUUUGGUUCUGUACAUAUUUUAAUAAAGUUGUGGAGUCCAUGUCCAUGUGUUAAUGCCUGCUUCCCUACUAUAUACAGUAGUAGGCAAAAACAGUACAUGUCCAUAGUAUUCUUUGAAACUGUAAAACUGAUAAGGGAAAAAGCAUAGUUCAUAUAUGAAAAAGCAUAAUGUGUCCAACAGUAAUACUCACAUCGAAAAGACAACCAAGGGGCAUAGGACAUGUGAUAUAAACGAUCAACUGUAUCUAAAAAGUAGAGUCAUAGGAGUCAUUUGCUUUUGAAUCGGACACUGGUCGCACUGUAUAUGUUAUUUCAUUAUACUAAGGUUGUUAUUGUGAUUAACUAGUUGAUUAAGGAUUCAUCAGACUGUUCUAAACUAGUAACUCAUAAGUUCAAGUUUUGAAUGAUUUAAUAACCGGAUCUACUUAUUUGCUAGAGAAGGAAAAUACUGACAUGUUUUCUUGCCAUAACUUCAUAGUACAGUCUUGUAUCUUAGUACACUUAAUUUAGACUGCGUUCACAACACGUUAAAUAUGAUUUCUUUUGACGUGUUACUGUAGAUUGCAGUAAGUAUUACUGGUUAUGAAAGGGACCUCAAGAGGGCGUUGACCUUAAAACCCAUAAGAGCCCAGACCAAUUUCUCCUUAUAGGAAAAUUAUGGGGCAUAUAAAACAUACCAAAUG